UAUAGGCCUAUACAUGUACAUUACGAACCAGCUAAAAACUCUACAAGAUUUCUCCGUUAAUUAUUUAUAUUUUUACCUUGUUUUGGGAAACAUUGAUAAUUAAGUGUCAAGAUGGGGAAAAGACAACAUCAGUCGGAUAAGAUGUAUGUGACUUCUAAGGAGUGGUCAGCAUUCUAUGGAGGCAAGAAGAAAACUGAUCCACAGAAGUCUGAGUUUCGCAGAUUGCCCUUUGACCAUUGCAGUCUGUCGCUCCAGCCUUUUGAACACCCCUACUGUACUGUUGAUGGUAUCAUCUUUGAUCUGAUGAGUAUUGUUCCUUUUAUCAAGAAGUACAAGGCCAAUCCUAUAACAGGACAGGCCCUAGAUGCAAAGUCUCUCAUCAAGCUUAAUUUCCAUAAGAACACUGAUGGAAAGUACCACUGUCCAGUGACGUUCAAGGUAUUCAAUGAGAAUACUCAUAUUGUUGCUGUCAAAACAACUGGCAACGUAUAUUGCUAUGAAGCUAUUGAACAGCUGAAUAUCAAAGCUAAGAACUGGAAAGAUUUGCUGACUGAUGAAACCUUCAAACGAUCUGAUCUCAUCACCAUCCAAGAUCCAGGCCAGCUGGACAAGUUCAACAUCUCUGCAUUCCAUCACAUCAAAAACAACCUGAAAGUGGAAGAUGAAGCUGAGAAGAAAGCCAGGAAAGACCCAAAGUAUACGCUCAAUAAGACCAAUGUUGAGACAGAAGACAUCUUAGGAACACUCUACAAAGAAUACCAGCCUAUGGAUGGGAAAGAAGAAAAGAAACAGAGAGCAGAUAAACUCAAUUCUGCACACUACAGUACAGGUAUGGUUGCAGCAGGUUUCACUUCAACAGCUAUGGCUCCUCAAACCACUCAUGAAGCAGCUGUGAUUGAUGAAGACAUCAUUCGAUAUGAGCGGGUGAAGAAGAAAGGUUAUGUUAGGAUGAAUACCAACAAAGGAACACUCAACAUUGAACUCAGAUGUGAUCUGGUAACUAAGACAUGUGAAAACUUUAUUCAGCUGUGUGCAAAAGGCUACUACAAUGGCACAAAAUUCCACAGACUAAUCAAGAACUUUAUGAUUCAAGGAGGAGAUCCCACAGGAACUGGAACUGGUGGGGAAUCAAUCUGGGAAAAGCCAUUUGAAGAUGAUUUCAAGCCUAAUCUGAGCCACACAGGAAGAGGUAUCCUCAGUAUGGCUAACUCAGGUCCCAACACAAACAAGUCACAAUUCUUCAUCACAUUCAGAUCCUGCAAAUACUUGGAUGAAAAGCACACCAUAUUUGGAAGCGUUGUUGGUGGUCUUGAUACACUCACUAAUAUGGAAAAGAUAGAGACUGAUAAGAAAGACAGACCAUUAGAGGACAUUGUGAUUCAAGACACAGUUGUAUUUGUCAACCCAUAUGAAGAGGUGGACAAAGAGAUUUCAGAGGAGAGAUUAAAA